ACUCCUAUAUCAUAUCAACACUAAUGUUUUGUUUUGGAGCUUAUGGUGUUACUAAGUUUGGUAAAGAGAUGACCAUCAUUUCGUUAAUGAAUUUAGCGCAACAUCCGUAUAUUUCAUAAAUUCUCUUUAUUUAAUAUUUUCUUCACUCAUUACCUCUAUUUUUUUUUCUUUCCUUCUUCGUCUUCCUUUUAUACUAAUCUAUAAUUUUCUUGUUAAUUUUUUUUUUCAUUUUGAUUAAUGUUCCUACAAAGUUUUCUCCAUGAAGUUCCAAUCCUCUGAACUUCCAAUUGGGAAGCCACAAACACGAAGAAAGACCACACCAAAACUUGCUCCUCUUAUUGCCGUUGCCAUCGUAUUCACAAUUAUUCCUAUUUACUAUCCUUCUAUACGUUAUUCUUCUCAAAAGAAGAUUUCAGAAUUUAUUUAUUCUAAUUCAGAAGAUGCAAUUCAGUCUGUUGAUCAUUUGGAUAAUAAUGAUUUGCAAGUCAAGCAUCCAUGUCCUGUUGAGGACGUGCCCACACAACCUUGUAACGUCCCCAUAAAAGAAGAAAGAGAAAAAGAAAAACCCGAGAAAUUAUCCGAAGAAGAGGAUAAAAGUACAAAAUUCAUGCCCAUAAAAGAAGAAGAGGAGAAAGAAAAACCUGAGACAUUACGUGAAGAAGAUGAAAAUAGUACAAAAUUCAUGUCUAUAAAAGAAGGAGAAGAGGGAAAAGAAAAACCUGAGAAAUUACGCGAAGAAGAUGAAAAUAGUACGAAAUUCAUGCCUAUAAAAGACGGAGAAGAGGAAAAAGAAAAACCUGAGAAAUUACCCGAAGAGGAUGAGAAAAGGACGGGAUUCAUUACCAAUAGUGAGAUAACGGAUAAAAAAGUACUGCCUGAACCUAGAAAAAAACUCGAGAGACAUAAUCAACAGGCUAAAAAGCAAUCCGGGCAUCAUCAACGUGACUUCACAGUCCCUAAAUUCGUCCCACAAAAAGCAGAUAAGAAGAAACCACCUAGAAAUGGCGAAGUAAGAAAUUUGUCAUUUGACGUAGCAGAUACUGAAUACUGCGACUUAUUUUCAGGGGAAUGGGUGAAAAAUCCAGAAGGGCCUUAUUAUACAAAUGAUACAUGUAAUGCAAUUCAACAACAUCAAAAUUGUUUGCAAUUUGGUAGGCCUGAUACUGAUUUCUUGAAGUGGAGGUGGAAACCUGAUGCUUGUGAGUUGCCAAUAUUUGAUCCUACUCAAUUCCUGGAACUUGUUAGAGGCAAAUCGCUUGCAUUUGUUGGAGACUCUGUUGCAAGAAACCAUAUGCAAUCAUUGAUAUGUCUCUUGUCCAGGAUUGUAUACCCUGAGGAUAUUUCAGAAACACAAGAUCAAAACAGACGUUGGAUAUACAAAGAUUACGACUUCAACAUUUCCAUGUUUUGGGCACCUUAUUUGGUAAGAACUGAAAAAACUGUCCCAAAUGAUGUCACACAACCCUUCAAUUUAUAUCUUGACGAAUUCGACGAAUUUUGGAAGAACCAAAUUCAAGGUGUCGAUUAUGUAAUUAUUUCUGCUGGUCACUGGUUUUUCCGUCCAACAAAUUUUUACUUGAAUCGUCGCCUUGUUGGUUGCCUUUACUGUCCACAAUCCAACGUUACCCAUGUAACAUCAUAUUUCAGCUAUCGACGUGCUUUUAGGACAGCAUUUCGAGCUAUUAACAGUCUCGAAAAUUACAAAGGUGUAACGUUUUUGAGGACCUUUGCACCCUCACAUUUUGAGAAUGGACCUUGGGAUAAAGGUGGAGAUUGUGCAAGGAGGAGGCCAUUUAAGAGAAAUGAGAAAGUACUAGAUGAUUAUAAUUUGGAGUAUUAUAAGAUUCAAUUGGACGAGUUAAAGAUAGCACAAAGAGCAGGGAGAAGAAGAGGGUUGAAAUUUAAGUUGUUUGAUGCAACACAACCAAUGUUGUUAAGACCAGAUGGUCAUCCUAGUAAGUAUGGUCGAUGGCCUAAUCCAAACGUUACGGUGCCUAAUGAUUGUGUUCAUUGGUGUUUGCCUGGACCUAUUGAUGCUUGGAAUGAUUUCUUAGUAGAGUUGUUGAAAAGGGAAUUGGCAGAUUAAAUCAUUUAUGUGAAAAUUUUCAUCUCUUGGGAUUUUCUGAAUAAUUUGUUAAUUUUUUCUCUUCUUCUCUCUCUUUCUUUCCUAUUUCUUUCUUUUGCUUAGAAGGUGAAAUUGCUCCCCACAUACGCACCAAAAAGAAAGGUGCAUUUGUGAAUACCACUUAUGAAAUUUUGUUU